CGUAACCGACGAAGGGCCAUAUGCGGCGCCCGCCCCCCUGGCCCCGCGCCACACACCUUGGCUCAAUUUUUCGCCUUCCUCGCGCGACUCUGCACGCGCAGGGAUAUGUCCUGUGGUGCGCCGGAUCUAUCUGCGACGCUCCAGAGGGCGCCCCGCGUGCGCACGUUUCCCCGGCCAGGCGUGCUCGGCGCGGUCAGGCAAUUGGCGGGGGCAAAAUCUGACAUCAGCGCGUUCGUGUUCAAGGCACGGACGUCUGGGUAGCGCCUCCGUUGCCGUUCCGCCUGAUUGCUCGGCGCUCCCCUUUAUAUACGGUCGGGAGAUCGCUUUGCGCUUCUUGUUCUGCCCCCCACCCAUGCCACUCAGCAUGGGUUGUCGCCGCCUCCCGUUCGACUUCUCUGACCUCGACUUUCCGCCCCGUAAGCGCGCGCGCCUUUGUCCAGCGCGUCGUACCCCUGUACACCCUGCUAGCCAGGUGGACUAUGCCCUCCACACUACGGCCAUUGUGGACCUCAUCUCUCUCGAUAUCACCCCAGCAGUCAAGGAGUAUAUUGUCGACGUCGCUUGCGAUGCUGUUGACCUAGCUAUUGACGAUCCUGCCUCGUGUAAUCACUCUGGCGCUCUCUGGGCAAGGCCCGAUAAGCACUUCUUUUCUGCCUUCGCGUCAAAUGUGAUCGACAACUCCGGCGUCGCCAUGCCCGUCCUUCUCGUCGCCUUGGUCUACCUUCGCCGAGCACGCGGACAGCUCCGCAUCGACCUGGACGAGUGGGCGUACCAUCGCGUCUUCCUUGGCGCCCUCAUCGCCGCCGCAAAGUACACGAACGACACGUCUCCGAAAGCGGCACACUGGUCUGCGUACACCGGAACGUUUGGCAGGCGGGACAUCUCCCUGAUUGAACGCGAGUUCCUCGGCGUCCUCGACUUCCACCUCGGCAUCACGGAAGACGAUAUUCUCGCGCACUAUGAUGCGCUCCUCGCCCCGCCUGCAUACGCCCCCGACGUGUGUGCCGCAGACAUGUUCGCGCUCUCGGCUCCAUCCUCACGCGCAGGGUCCCCACUGCCGGAGCUGGAGCCCUCGUCUGCGUGGAGCCCGGACAGCGAGUUCCCGUCGCCAAUCACCCCACCGUCGUGGGCGCCACACUCCUCAGCGCCAGCGUGGGUCCCGUCAGACGUCGCAGAGGAGCAUGGAAAGGGGCGCGCUUCGGGUCUUCGAUCGCGCGCCGAGCCUGUCUUCCGCUCUGAACCCGCCUUCCACGAGGCGACGCGGGGCCUCCGGGCGACGAUGCCGCUGCGCCUGCCGCAGCCCAAGGCGCGUCAUGCACAGCUCUUGUGUGGCGAAGCGAGCCGCCCAUACAGUGAGGCGAGGGCGCCAUACGGCCAAGGACGUCAACCGCGCGACUUCGAUCGGCUUCCGCGCCCAGAUGCCCGCCAUUUAUUCGCAGAAGCGCGCGGUCCGUCCUUGUCCGUGGAGGCGCUGUACCCCCGUCCGGACAUGCGCUUCCUGCGCACCGACGCACCGCUGCUCGACACCAAGUUCAACUCGCACGUUGCCGAUCAUCGCCCUCACGUGCGCUCGUACUCGAACAUCGACCACGUGAUCCUCGACGACGAUCCGCACCACAUUCCAGUCAUCCUCCACGGACGCACGCGAAGUCAGAUCUCAUUCCUAGACUGUCUGUAGAGGAUCCGAAGAUUAUUUAUCUUGACUCCGGGUUUUUGUUGGGUAUACCGUAGACCGUCUGUCAGGGACUUGUCUUCUGGUUCUAUGCUUGGACUCUUACACUGAUCUCUGCUUCAUCAUUUGCUUCAUUCAUCGCAAUACUCAUAUACAACUAGCGCUACCACCAUGUCAUUACUACUGCUAACUUAUUUGACAACCUGUAUAUUACAUCGGUACUGAUACAUAUUGAUUGCGUUUGCCCGA